AUGCUCUCCCUGGUCCUCUCCGCAGAACUGACCGGAGUCACCGACCUCCGGCCCACCGACACAGAGGACGAGCCCUACUACUACACCUUCAAGGUGCAAUGCACCUCGUGUCGUGAAACCCACCCCAACUGGGUCAGCUUCAACCGCUUCGUAACAGCACGAAAUCCCGGAAGCCGAGGUGAAGCGAACUUCGUCUGGAAAUGCAAGCUGUGCCAGAAAACCCAUUCCGCGUCCAUCAUCGCCGGCCCGAAUACGUACGAGGCCGACGAGAAGCGCACGGGCCGGAAGGUGAUCGAGAUCGACUGUCGGGGACUGGAGUUUACCGAGUUCAAGGCCGAUGGUGAGUGGGAGGCUAAGGGCGUUGAGUCUUCUACAUCUUUUACGGGCAUCGAUUUGGCGGAGGGGGAGUGGUACGACUAUGAUGAGAAGGCUGGGGAUGAGGUUGCCAUCAAGGAGAUUAGCUGGCAGGUGGGACGGGCGUGA